AUGCCAAUUGAUAUGAUGCCAUUAUAUGAAAAAAUAUUAGAGAAAGUUACAAGUUCACAACUUGAGAUAUAUCUAGAAGAGAAUAAUAUUUUAUGUGAUGAACAAAGUGGCCUUAGAGGAAAACAUUCAUGUGGAACAGCUUUAAAUUUAGUCCUAUAUGACUGGAAGAGAGCCAAAGAGAAUAAUUUAGUAAUUUGUGCAAUAUUUUUAGAUUUUAAGAGAGCAUUUGAGACGGUUGAUCGACAAAUUCUGCUGACGCAGUUCGAAAAAUAUGGAAUUCAAGAUAAUGAGCUUAUUUGGUUUGAAAGUUACUUUUUGUGUAGAAAGCAAAAAACCAUAAUUGACGAUAGAUUCUCAGAAUCAAAAUUAAUUGACAAUGGGGUUCCACAAGGUGCAAUAUUACGAUAUAAGCAAAUUUUUACACCCGUUUUGGAAAAUGAUGAUAAAUUUGAUACUCCGUUCUUACAAACAUCUCAAGGAUCAUAA